UUCAUGCUCAGUUGAUCGGAGAAGAUUAACGUUAAUAUUAUAUUAAACUAUGUGCUACAAAGUUUUAAUAAAAUGAGUACGAAAUGUGGUCGAGAUAUAAAAAACCGUCAAAUUCAUACGCAUCGAAAUAUGCAGCGCAACCAGCUGUAAAUUGAAUUUAGUCUUUGAUGUUUCCACGUAUUUUUUUACUAUGAAAAGCUGGUUUUAAAAAUGUAUGCAUAGUCGUUGAUAAAUAUGGCUAGGGAUGGCGACGUGCCUACUAUUUUUAAUCCGAAGAGAGUGCGCACGCCUUCUGUGAUAAUAACUACGGACGAGGUGGCGAGUGACCAUGGAGAUGUUGAGAGGGAGCGCCCCAACGGGCCACCGACACCUCUGAGCCCACGGGCGCCUCUAACCCCUCAGAGUUCUGUGUCUUCAGCCCCUCCUUUGACAACACAGCCUUCACUCCAGCAGGCUUACAGUGAGUCUGCGGGCAGUAGUCAAGAUGAAGACCGCCGUGAUAGAAAAAACGAGAACUCCUGUUGCUCAAAGGUGGCCAAGAAGAUCUAUUAUGGCCUCUGUGUCACAGCGACCAUUGUAGCAGCCUGGGUGACUGUGACUCACUGCAUUAAGUACAUGUACCUCCAGAACUAUUCACACACAGACAGCUCAAUGAGUACAGAGUCUAGUAUAAAUAAUAAUUUUACUUCUAGGAUUCGCACACAUCACCACUUCAAUGCACCAUUUUUUACCGCAUGGUUCUGUACAAACUGGCUGAUACUUUUUUACCCCCUCUACCUUAUUAUCAUGCUCAUUCACAAGAAGUGCAAGUCAGCGAACACUAUUGUUUCUGACGCCUUCACAGACUUCAAGGAUAAGGGAUUUACAUUUGCCCGCUUCCUGAGCCGCUGCGGACUGUUCUGCUUGCUUUGGGUCGUCACAAUCUACAUGUACACAUACUCUCUGAAGAUACUACUGUCAACAGACGUUGUGGCACUCUUUGCCACCAAUGUCUCCUGCGUCUACUUACUCUCUUGGGUCAUUCUGCAUGAGCAAUUUGUUGGUGUUCGGAUAGUGGCGGCCAUCUUGUGCGAUACUGGGAUAGCGUUGUUGGCGUACAUGGACGGUAUCACUGGCAGCUCCACACUCGGUGGGGUCGUACUCGCUGCUUGCGCCGCCGCUGGCUUUGCUAUAUUUAAGGUGCUAUUCAGAAAAGUGAUGGGCGAGGUGAACACGGGCCAGCGCGCGUUGUUCUUCUCGAUACUCGGUAUCGUGAACGCGACGCUGCUGUGGCCCGUUUGCCUCGCGCUCUACCUCACGGGCUCGGAGCAACUGCCCGCGCAUCAAAUGCCGUGGAUUCCCCUCCUGCUAGCCAGUGUUGCACUGCUCGUUUUUCACUUGGUUUUCCAGUUCGGCAAUCUCAUGACGUACAAUAUAUUUGUGUCUCUUGGACUUAUAACUGCUGUUCCAAUAUCUGGUACUCUGGACGUGAUUCUGUACGGCGUGGAGUUUGAAGGAAUGAAACUGGCCGGCAUCAUAUUGAUAACCGUCGGCUUCUUCCUCGUCAUGUUCCCGGACAACUGGCCCGACUACAUCAUGAGACUGUUGAGAUGGAGCAGACGGCGGCAACGCGGUUCAGAGAACGGUGGGCGUAGUAGAGACACGGUGGACUACCGCACUGGCUACAUCCGGUCGCAUCUACGCUCGCCCUCCGGCCGCGUCAGGUGACCGCCCUAUCCGCACACACAACAAUCCACCAACUCGACGAAUCUUCUGGGAUCCCACUAAUGAUUGCCAAUAACUUUGACGUUAUAUGUUUGUCUACGGACUCGGGAAUCAACGAGGAAAUUCUUCCAUCGUGUCGACUAUCGAAGCCAUCUAUUAUUUUUUUCUCCUCUCCUCUUCUCUCUUCAUGUUAUAAAAUCCACCAACUUGACAAAUCUUCGGGGAUCCCACUAAUGAUUGCCAAUAACUUUAACCUUUUAUGUUUGUCUACGGACUCGAGAAUCAACGAUGAAACUUGAAAUGAAUGAUGAAAAGUGUCGACGAUCGGAGCCAUCUUUUUUUUUUCUAACUUUUCUCCUCGUGU